UGCUUUGAUAUCCCUCAGAACUGGUUCGACAAUCAUCUAUACUACAACAUUUGUCUUAGGAGCCUUGAAAACUCCUAACAUCACUUUUACAACCGAAAACUUUUGAACAAGAUUCUUUGGCUAGAGAAUCCGUUUAGGAAAGCUCAAAAGUCAGAAUUAAAAAAAAAAUAAGAUGUCCAAAUCUAAUCCAAAGCAAAGAAAAUACAUUGGUCUCUCCGAUAUUCAAAUUAUAAAAAAGGAAAAAAAUCCAAACCUAAAAUGGAGGGAAAUGGCUACGAUAUAAUAAUAAUAUAGAAUAAUAUUAGUAAAUGACAGACUUGACCCUCACACAGAUCGUCAUUACCCGGAAAAAAAUUAAUUUGUCUCGAUACGGGCAUGUGCUUGUAGAGUAAUGCCCCCCCAAAAUGUAUAUUAAAACCUCUUUGGUCUUGUCUCCACCACUUUCACAUCAAAACUAAACCCUUGUUUCACUCUCUCUUUGUGUCUCUUCCUUCGUUUUGCCCCUCUAUCGAUUCCACAAUGCUAAACUCCGGCGAUUCUAUGAAGCGGAGUCGUUGAUUUCCCGGCGUCUCUCUCGAUUUUUCCGUUAUAUUCAUUCGUUUCUCCGUCCGAUCCAGCCACGCUUUUUCUGUCGUAACAUCAAAAUUUCCCAGGAUCUCUCUGUUAAUCUCUGCUGCGAAGAGAAGACAACAUUAUGCCGGAGGAGCGUAACGGAUCCAAAGAAGAGGGCUUUCAGUUACAGGGGUGUUCCAGCGAACCUGGUCUAGAGGCUGAGAGUGUAACCGAGAUGAAGAACAAGAAAACGGUUAAGCCGAUUGAUCGCGAGGUCAAUAACAUUACCCGGAAGGUUCUUCGCUCAGGUUCUGUGGCAAUUGAUACGGACAAACAUGAUGUGGCUGUGGAAGAGAAGGGAGAUGAUCUAAGUGAGGUCGAUGAGGUGAAAGAAGAGAAGGCUCUUCUAUCUGUGGCAAAUGAUACAGAACAUGAUGUGGCUGUGGAAGAGGAAAUAAAGGGAGAUGUAAGUGAGGUUGACAAAAUUAGCUGUGAGGUGAAAGAAGAAGCUCAAGUUAAACGCAAAAGAGGACGGCCUCGGAAGCUGCAGAUCAGCAGCCAGUCUGAUGGUAAUGAGGAGAAGACAAAAGUAAGUCUGGCUGAAGAGCUAAAAGUCAAACGUAAGCGGGGAAGGCCUAGAAAGUUUCCCAUCACAGGUGGUCAAUCUGACACUACUCCAGAUACGGUUGACUCUAUUGAUGAUUCCAGUAGACCAAAGCGUAACUGUGGAAGCAGGGCUAAGGGACCCGAGUCUGACGGCAGGGGAAGGAAGAUGGGACAUAAGCGUGGAAGACCAAAGACGAAGAAGAAACCUGGGGAGACUGAUGAAUUAGAUUGUAAAGCAACGAUGAGACUAAGGCCUUGUGAGAGUUCCUUAAAGUCACGGCACAACAACAAACCCUUAGGUGAUGGCGAAAUGAGGAGUGGAGAAGAGAAAAUUGAUGAUGGAAGACGAUCUAAAUUACAAUCUAAGAAAAGGCUGAGUGACCGCAUACUUCAGUUACUUCUAGCUGCUGGUUGGACAGUUGAAUACAGGCCGCGAAAAGAGAGGGCAUACAACGCUGCAGUUUAUGUGAAUCCUGAGGGAAAGACUCACUGGUCAGUGACCAAAGCUUAUGAAGUCUAUAAAACAAAUCUGGAACGCAGCAUGACGGAUCAUUAUCAAGUAGACUCUGGUCUUGGCUUGCUGCCAGAAGAGGACCUUCACCUUUUAAGGAGAAAAGUUCACAAGAAACGGAGCGAUACAGGUAAGCCAAGGAAGGACACAGAUACUACUAAUGAAGAUACGGUGGUCUCGAGAAAGAGACUAGGAGAAAAAGCGCAGAAGAAACGAAAAGUGUCACACAAAUUUGAAAGAAGUUCGGUUUCAGUCCGGAAAAUAAAGAGGGAAGAAAAACAUAAUAGAAAGCGUGGUGCAUUGUCGGCUCGCAGUUCUUUGUCGGAUGCGGAUUCCAACGAGAAUGGGUACAUUUUAUUUGAAGGAAAACGCACCAUGCUGGGAUGGAUGAUUGAUUCAGCCAUUGUGCCACUUAACGGGAAAGUUGAGUGCAAAAACACACAAGGAAUAAUUACAAAAGAAGGCAUUCGUUGCAACUGCUGUGCCGAAUUAUUCUCUGCUCUCGAUUUUGAAGUUCAUUCUGGAGGGAAGCCAUUCAAAAGUCUGUAUGUAGAGGGUGGGAACUCGAUCUUGCAAUGCUUUCUUGAGUCUUGGAAUAAACAAAGCGAAGCAGUGCUUAAAGGGUUCCAUGUUGUGGAUUUUGGUAGUGGAGAUCAAAAUGAUGAUACAUGUGCUAUAUGCGGGGAUGGGGGAGAUCUUACCUGCUGUGAUGGUUGCCCUUCAACUUUCCAUCAGAGCUGCCUCGGCAUUAAAAAGUUCCCAGCUGGUUCCUGGUUUUGUUGCAACUGCUCAUGCAAAUUUUGCGAGAAAGUGGAGGCAGCUAAUCAUGGCACUACUACAACUCUUUCCCCCUUGUUGAGGUGCCACCUAUGUGAAGAAAAAUAUCACCAAGCAUGCAUCAAGCAAGAUGGCACUGUACCUGUUGAAAGUAGUACUCUUCCAUUUUGUGGAAAGUACUGUCAAGAGUUAUUCGACGGACUACAGUUACUCAUUGGAGUAAAACAUUCAUUGCCUGAGGGCUUCUCCUGGACAUUCCUUCGCCGCUUUGAGAUGCCUCGUGAGGUUUCCGAUAGUGACAUAUCUGAGAAGGUUGCAUAUAAUGCCAAACUGGCUGUUGCAUUUUCCGUUAUGGAUGAGUGCUUUUCACCUUUAGUUGAUCACAGGAGUGGUGUCAACCUGCUUGAAAACAUCGUCUACAAUUUUGGGUCGAACUUCCAUCGGCUAAAUUACAGCAAUUUUCUCACUGCUGUUUUGGAGAGGGGUGAUGAAAUCAUUGGUGUGGCAUCUAUCAGGAUCCACGGCAAUCAACUGGCAGAAAUGCCGUUUAUAGGAACCCGCUACAUGUACAGGCGUCAAGGGAUGUGUCGUCGACUAAUGAACGGCAUUGAAUCUGCGCUUAGCUCUCUCAAAGUAGACAAAUUAAUCAUACCAGCAGUGCCAGAACUAAUGGAUACAUGGACUUCAGGCUUUGGCUUCACGCCUGUUAGUGAAUCAGCCAGAAAAACAAUUAAGAAUUUGAACUUGGUGGUGUUCCCUGGUGUUGACAUGCUGGAGAAAUCAUUGGCUAAGGACAACGGUGAACUGCUGUUGGCAGCUGAGAUGAGCCUGCCUGUAGAUGUUGAGGAAACUAAGCCUGAGGAGUGUAAAGACGAGCUAGAUUGUGGAACUGCUGAUGCCGAAUCUCCUUCUUACCAAGUUGAUAGCUGCUUGAAGUCGAUGGAUGUAGUCAAGGGAGUUAAUGAUACAGACCUGAAUCUGAAGUCCUUGGAGGAGAAAGAAGAGAUUGGGACUGGGAAACUGACAGAUAAAGAGGUCGAUCUUCCUCAUGUUGUUGUUGUUGAUAACCAGAGAGAAUCUAACUUGGGAGUUAAUGAUGUUACUCAUGAGGAUCAAACUGAUAGAAAAAGACAGCAAAGUGGUGAUUUAAAAAGCUCUGGAGUUAAAGCUGAGGGUACAGAGGAGCCAGAUGAAGAAUCCGACUGUUUCAUAAUAGAAAAUUCUCAGCCACUUGGUAAUGGUGGUACAGAGAAAAAGAUUGGCAGCAAAGCUUUAUCGCUGAAGAAAGGAGUGGCUUCCAGAUUGAGAGUAUCACCCCGACUGAUUCAAGGAUCAUGGGGAACGUCGAGGGUGAACAAAAGGUACACAGGUACCAAUGCCGUGUUGAUCGGCUCUUCACAUGGCAGGUGUGUUUGAGGUUCACUGCAGCUUUUGUUUGUGUAUGUGCAUAUGACCAGAACUAACGCACUUCUGUCUAUUUUCAUGACAAACGAUAAGGCGCAGGUGAAAGAAAAGUAGCUAGACUAUUAAUCCUAAUUGCAGUGCUUUAGUAGCUUUUUAAUAACUCAGAGCCAUAGGUCAAGUAAAAACUUGCACUGCUCAGUGCUUAUUAGAUUUUUUCUAAUAAUUUUAGGUAGCAGACAAAUUAAUUUAUUUCAUGGGGAUUUUGUAAUCUCAAACAUUGAGCUGCUUCAUCUUAUUUAUCUAAUGUGGAUCUUCUGGCUUGUAUGAUCUCUCUUCACUCUUUCAUGACUUCGUCACCAAA